AAUUAAUUCAUUCAUUCAUCAAAGUUUUGAGGUGACGCACGCAUGUAAAGUUUAUCGUAGAAAAGUUUAGUUUUCAAACUGUGUUUAUUUGUUUACAAGUGAAAUAAUUUAACUUACAGACGAUUUAAAUAAUCACUCAACUCUUUUGUGUAUCGUUAAUAAUACUCCAAGAACAGUUGAGAAAGUGUUACGAAGAUCUAGAUUCUUGUGUCAAUAAAGUGGCUCCAUGAUUUCAUCUGUUGGUUGAAAGUUCCCUGCAAUUUCGACUUCAACAAGGCCGUGGACUGAAAAAACAGAUUUUCUACGAGAACGACGUGAGAAAGUAUCGCGAAGAUAAAACCUCAUUACAAGAUGACAGCGACGCCCGAAGAAAAAAGACAAUGCUUGUCUAUGCUCCUCCCAAGUAGGAGUCUCACGAGCUGAAUCGAGAAAAUACCUAUUCAAAUACAGAACGAUUUUCAAACUGUGAAAAACCGCGAACAAUGUGACGUAACAAACACCAUCUAGAGGUUAAUCGGUGAACUAAUUAGUGAAAGUUGUGAACUGCUGACUAAAGAUGAAGUUGAAUCUUUUUAAAAGGUCGAUGAUAUUUGCGACCUUUUUCGGGUCGUGUUUGUGUAUUGCGCUGAUUGUGGCCUCCUUGGGCACUCCUCAUUGGAUCGAUGCGCGCGCUAAAAGGACGUCCAAUCCUCUGGAGUCGGAGGGAAGGAUCAGCUUUGGCCUCUUCGAAGGCCAUAAGGAGCUGAACUUCGGCUACGGAUGGAGGAAUCAUGAAUUUAGCGUGAAAGCCGGCACGCACCCGGCGCGCCGCUGGGCGUGGAUGGGCACGGGGGGUCUACUCGCAGCCGCGCUGGUGUCGCUCAGCGGAGCCGCCGUAGUAGCCGCCCUCGCCUCCGCCGCCAGAGCCAGGGCUAAAGCACACCCACUGUUGGCUACUAAUUGUCUUGCUGUACUCUUCACCCUCGGCGCGAUCGCCGUCUGGCUGACGGAGUACUUCCUGCGGCUGCAGCACAACGUCAUGUCUGAUGAAGACCUCGCCAACACGUGGUCGAGCGACGGGACGGCUGAUCUGGGGCUGUCGUUUUGGCUAGUGGUAGCGGCAUCGGUGGCCUCCUUCGCCAACAUAAUCUGCAUCGGAGCGGCCAUGGCGGACGGACGCGAGCUCGAGUCAGUGGCGCCCCCACUGGAGGACAAGAUCAACGGCGCCAUCAUGCUUUAUUGAGGACUUUGUGGCGGGAAUAGAGUAGUGAUAGGUGUAGAAGUUGUAUAUGUCAGCUAAAGGUUUGAUUCAC